AUAUAAAAUUUCAAGUUUUCUUCAUUUCUUGUCGAUUGAAUACAAGCAGAAACUUAAAACAGUUCAACCUGUCAAGGGUUCAAGCGUAAGUGUGUAGUGUUAACUGCCCGUUGCCACCACCUUUCUGUUUCUGAGAAAUCAAAGUAGAAGCUGUCAGCUGAGAAUGAUGAUAGGAGCUUUGCACAACAGCUUCUUCGCUAACCCAUUACCUGUUCAUGUCCAAAUCCACAAUCCCAAACCCAGAAAACAAGCUCAAUUUUUCAGUAUUUCCUGCAGAUACCCACCUAAUGAUCACCAAAAUCAAACUGAUUCUUCCAGGAAAGUUGAGAAGAAGCUGGCAAAGCUAGCAAUGGUGACAUUAGCUGCUGGAGUGUUGACUCUGGGCUCAGUUGAUGAUGCUUCAGCUGCCAAAUCUUCUGGUCGUGUUGGUGGUCAAGCUUUUCGCUCUUCGGUUCCUCGUGCUUCUUCUCCUGGACUUAAUUCAAGGACGAAUAUUUAUGUGAAUCCGCCCGUAGCUCCACCGCUUGUUGGUGGAUACGGGUUUGGCUUCGGUUCCCCAUUCUAUGGUAGAUGGGGUUGGUCCCCGUUUUCAAGCUUUGCCCCAGGACCAGGCGUUGCUGUUGGAAUCGGUGGUGGAAUUAACCUCAUUGUCUGGUUCAUGAUUUUCGGAGCAAUUUCAGCUGUUCUUAGAAGCUUCUUUAAACUAAGGGAGGAUGAGGAUGGUUUUUAAAUGAUCAUGUAGAGCUAUUUGUAUCAUCAGAUGUAGCCAAUCAACCCAUCAGUACAUCAACUUAACGUAUAUAAUUGUAUAUGAACGAUGUCUUGCUAGAGGUGUUUCAACAGGGCGAGUCGACCCAACGGGUCAAGAGUCGGGUCACAUUUUAAUGUAAAUAUUGAUCAUGGAAGCAGAGUGUUAUUUUGUGAGUUUGACUAUAUGAGUUGCUUUUAACUCUGCUGAGGCUCCCUAAAACUAAUUUGAUUUUUAUUUCAUUCCUGGCCUCCAACCUUAAAAGGGAUUUGGAGGGUCAGAUGUACGUAAUUUUACCCUUAUUAUCAAAACUAACAAAGAAAUUAUUUCUGAUUAACUAUUA